UUGUCUUUUAACAAUUUGAAACUACUCCAUACUCCUUGUGAACUGUGAGACGAAUCACCACUGUCAAUGUUUACACUGAGAAUGCAUCCAGGCUCACCACUGGCUAUGUCAUUGUGGCAGAGUAGACUGAAUCACACUCCACAUUUUCCACGCUCCAAUUACAAUCAUAAAAUGCCAUCCACUACUCAUCUGAAUUUCAGAGCAUUAUGUUGAAGGAGGCGCUGCGCAUUCUCCUUCAUACACACACCCCCCCUGGAAACUCUUCGACAUAUGUUCAACUAUUGCAGACCUGCAUUAUCAAGAAUGCUCUUUCACAAGGGAAAAACGUUCACUCUUUCAUCGCUCACCGACGAUUUACAGUGGCCUCAUGCGCAACUAUUCAGAACAAGCUUAUUUGCAUGUAUGUCAUGUGCGGGAGUCUGGUGGAUGCUCGUAAAGUGUUUGACCAUAUUGAAAAGCCAGGCAACAUCUUAUGGAAUACGAUUAUUGCAGCAUACCGAAGAUAUGGGUUUCCUCGGGAGGCAGUUACACUGUUUCACCAAAUGCAACGAACAGGUCUCCAGCCCGAUCAGUUCACAUUUGCCAGCAUACUUCCAGCCUGUGCCAAAAUGGGAGCUUUGGAACAGGGCAUGGAUAUCCAUCAGAGCAUAACAGAAAGGGGGUUUUUGUCCGAUGUUGUAGUUGGAAAUGCCCUGCUAGACAUGUAUGCGAAAUGUGGAAGCGUAGACAAGGCACAUGAACUAUUUGACAGAAUGUCUCAAAGAGAUGCCAUCUCAUGGAAUGCAAUGAUUGUAGGAUAUACACAAAAUGGACUUGUCGAAAAGGCUUUAGAAACUUUCAAGCAAAUGCAGUUGGCAGGUGUAAAGCCGGACUCCACAACCUUUGCCAGCAUCCUCCCAGCCUGCUCCAAAAUGGGAGCUUUGGAACAGGGUAUGGACAUCCACCAAAGCAUAACAGAAGGGGGUUUUUUUUCACAUGUUUCAGUCGGAAGUGCUUUGGUAGACAUGUAUGCAAAAUGCGGAAGCAUAGACAAGGCAUAUGAACUGUUUGACAGAAUGCUUCAAAGAAAUGUGGUCUCAUGGACUGCCAUGAUUCUAGGAUAUGCACAACAUGGAUUUAUUGAAAAGGCCUUAGAAACUUUCAAGCAAAUGCAAUUGGCAGUUGUAAAGCCAAAUGCCACAACUUUUGCCAGCAUCCUGCCAGCCUGUGCCAAAAUGGGAGCUUUAGAACAGGGUAUGGAAAUCCAUCAAAGCAUAACAGAAGGGGGGUUUUUGUCAGAUGUUGCAGUUGCAAAUGCCUUGGUACACAUGUAUGCAAAAUGUGGAAGCAUAGACAAGGCACGUGAACUUUUUGAUAAAAUGCCUCAAAGAAACGUGGUCUCAUGGAAUGCCAUGAUUGCAGGAUACGCACAAAAUGGAUUUUGCAAAGAUGCUCUCAAUAUAUUUGAAUUAAUGAAGCACUCUGGAACUUUUCCUGAUAUUGUAAGCUUUGCUUGUGUUCUAUUUGCAUGCAGCCAUGCAGGUUUAGUAAAUCAGGGCUGUGCAUACUUCAAUCACAUGAGGAGCCCUAAUUACAUUACACCUACAGUUGAUCAUCAUGUGUGCAUGAUUGACCUUCUUGCUCGUGCUGGCUAUCUUGAGGACACCCUAAAAUUUAUCAUUAAGAUGCCAGUUAAACCUGUGGUGGUUGUGUGGCUGUGUUUUCUUAGUGCCUGUCGACAACAUAUGAAUAUAGGCCUAGGGGUAUUUACAGCUAUGCUGCUUUUGGAUUUCGAUCCUAAAAAUGCUGCGACUUAUGUUCUUCUCUCAAACAUCUAUGCAGAAGCGAACAGAUGGGGUGAGGUUCAAAUAGUAAGAAGAUUGAUGAAAGAUAGAGGAAUUAAAAAGACUCCUGGAUGUAGUUGGAUUGAAGGUCAUGAAAUGGUACAUGCUUUCUGUGUAGGAGACAGAUCACAUCCACAGACAGAAGAAAUCCAUGCAAAGUUGGAAGAAUUGGCUUGGGAGAUGAAGGCAGCAGGGUAUUUUCCAGAUUCAAGACAUUCACUUAAUGACGUGGAAGAGGAGGAAAAAGAAUUACUUCUUUGUCACCAUAGUGAAAAGUUGGCAAUUGCAUUUGGUUUGUUAAACACGACCCCUGGAACAACUAUUAGAGUUGUUAAAAACCUUCGAGUAUGUGCUGAAUGCCACACUGCAACAAAAUUUAUCUCCAAGAUUGUUGGAAGAGAAAUUGUUGUGAGAGAUGCAAACCGUUUCCAUCAUUUCAAACAAGGACAAUGUUCUUGCAGAGAUUAUUGGUGAUGCUAAAUGAAGCAAUCUGAAAAAUAGGCUUGUGCAUCAUGCCAGACCUGAGGAAUGGCGAAGGGAUGGGGUCUUAUAUUCAGUUUUCGAACUUUUUCAUUAAUUUUUAAGUUUAAGUUUUAAGUAUUUUACAUGCAUGAGUGCAAUGCAGAUCACUGCUUGCAUGUACUGUUGGGGUGUCAGCCAAAGGCCUGUUUUCUGAUAACAUGCAUGUUUCAUUGAAUUGUUUUCAGGAAAUCUUCAUGUGUAUGAAAUGAAAGCUGCAGGAAGAUCUGGAGAUGGAAGGUAAGAAAAAGCUAGAAACACUUACUUAAAGUAAAUGGAAAGAUGUUCAAGCUUUAGGAAAUGGGAUAAGAAAGCUUGGAAUCAACCAUUGCCACUUUGUAUAGUAAAUAAGAUAGGAGGGCUUGCAAUCAACAAUUGUCAUUUUGUAUAGAUUUUUAGUUUGGCUUAAUUGCAUUACCUUUUUGUCAAGUUCAUCGUUUGAGAUUGAAGUAUACAUUCUAA